AUGACUUCCGCCGCAACGUCAUCCCUGGCCGGUCACUUCUCCAGUCGAAUGUCUCGGCCGAACCACCGUCCCUCAUCAACGCACAGAGGGCAGCCAACAUCAUGGACCUUGAUUUUCGCCGUCCUCGUUUGUUUUGCUUCACAUGUGCUCGCAAUCGCCUCAGACGCUGCAUCGCCCGUCGAAACUCUCGUCAUCGAUCACAGGGUGCCAUUCCGGGAAGGCCAGAGAUGGGUGAUGUUGUCGGAGCAGCAGGUUGAGCGCCGAAAGGUGCAGAAGCGGGUCACAUCGGACGACUCCGAUUCGAGCCCGACUGAGUCCUCCGAGUCUUCAAAGACCUCGGCAAGCGUGUCGGUGACCACGACCUUUUCCAUCGCCGUGGGGAAGCCGACGCCUUCCACCACCAGCACGACCGCUUCCGCAAGCCCUCUCCCCAGCAUCUUCGAUAGCUUGCCGUCCGAUUUUGAGCCAGGCCCGAACGGCCAACCCUCGAACUGCCCCAACUUCAUCAGUUCUUUCCUCGCCAACUCCACCUUCCAGCAGUGCUAUCCCCUAUCGAUGCUCUUCGACAAAUCCAAGUCCUUCUUCGAGGCCCAAAGAUCGCUAGUCAGCAUUACGCGAACUCUCGACGCCACCUGCGCCGCCAACGCGACUUUCUGCAGCGGCUACCUGAGCAACCUCGCGCGCGACCUCAUCCUCCCCGAGAACUGCGGCGCCGAUUACCAGGCCGGCAACCCCGUCAUCGUCGAGGCACACCUGGCCAUGCGCGCCUACGCGCCCGUCUACAGCGCGGGCUGCCUGCGCGAGCCGGACUCGGGCGCGUACUGCUACGCGACCGCCGCCACCAACCGCACCAACCGGACGGGCAACGCGUACCUGUACUUCUUGCCGCUCAACAAGACACUGCCGGGAACCACGGUGCCCGAUUGCGGCGAGUGUCUGAGGCAAACCAUGGCCGUGUACCAGGUUGCGACAGCGGAUCGCAGGCAGUGGAUCGCCGAUACGUAUGUUGGGGCCGCGAAGCAGAUCAAUACCGUCUGUGGGCCGGGGUUUGUCAAUGAGACGCUCGCGGCCGCGGUGAUUCCCUCGGGCGCGGCAGCUGGCGUUGCGGGGCCGUCGGCGUGGUUUGUGACCGCGGGGGCUUUGCUGGGGGUUUUGUGGUGGGCUGUGUGA